AUGGCGCACAAAGUGAAGAACAAUCAUUAUGUAGCGACGCACAGGUCGGGGGUCGAUUCCCCGUCGUCUGGUGGGUACAUUCAUCGAGCUUCUUCGAGGGAGGAGAAUGACAGUCACCGGGCACCUUCGGAACGCACGCUUUCAGAAUAUACGACGAUGGACGAGAGGACCCGGUCACCAUCAGGCGAGCACAGGAAUGGCAGACGGCACCAGCACACGAACGGUUCUCCUAGAGCUGACUCCGGCUCUGAUGUGUACGUCACCAGUGCAGCAUACCGACCUCCUUCGGAAAUCAGCCGGCAGUCCCGGGCGCCUCGCAGCGUGUACUCGUACCGAAGUGCAGUUGCUCCCUCUGUCGCCUCUACACACAGAUCCAAAGUUUCCAGAAAGGCCGGAGUGAAGGUAGACGCGAUGGCAGCUCCGAACCCGUUCUGUCCUAACGUGAAGGGCAUGUGUUGCCUCAUGCUGCUGCUGAACCUGGGCCUCAUACUCGUCACGCUGGGUUUUGUCAUCGUGCUGCAGUUCUUCGAACCAUUGUUUGUAUGGAUUCUAGGCAUAGUCUUCCUAAUCUUCGGUUUCCUCACACUCCUGGGCAGCCUGAUAUAUUGCGUCGUGCUAUGCCGAGAGAACCCGUACCCACGGUACCCAGAUGACUUCUACUGGACACACCACUGGUCGAAGACUAUAGGACCGUCUGAGAUCCAUUAUAGUGCUAGCGAAAAACAAUAUGUUAAGAAUGGCCACAGCGACAGAUAUAAUAAUAAAUAUAAUGGUAAAUAUUCUGAUAGAGAAAGCGCUAAGGGUUAUUCAGACAGAGAAAGUAAACUUAGUAGGUACUGA